CUUCUUCUUCUCUAGCUCUCUCCUUCAUUGCUAGCAGAGCUAUGGAGACCAAUUUAAAAUCUAGGGUUGGGGCUCUUCCAAUUUCCCCAACCACUCCUCUACAAACCCAUAAAUCCCUACUCACUCCCCUCCUCCUCCUCCUCUUCUUCUUCUUCAUCAAUUUCACCCCCACAGCUUCAACCCUGAACCAAAUCCCCAAUCUUGAUCAACUAUACUCCAGACACUGCAACGACGUCGUUCCCAAAUCGGAGACGCACCCCAAGUGGUUCCUCACCACCCUCUCCAGCCAAGACCUCGGAUUCCACAGCAGUUACUUCACCGGCGGCGAUCGGCUUUUCAAUCAGAGCUCCGGCGGCCGCAAAGCUCUCAUCUUCCGGCCCAACUACGUAGCUCGAACCCUAGCCGAUGGAAUUUUCCAUGUCAAAGGAAGUAUGGAUCUUCAAUCUCUUCUGGGCUAUUCGACUCGCCGGAAUCUGAAGUUGGUUAAGCCCAGAAUUCCGGUCCGGCGGGGCGUAGUGAGGUUUAGGCUUGAUGGGUAUUAUUCAGAAUCGUCAAAGAAGCUGUGUAUGAUUGGGAAAGUUAUGUCCAUGUAUAAUGCAGGUAAGUUUGAGGCUAGUGUUGUUCUUAAGCUUAAUUAUCCGAAAUGGUCUAGUGUUUAUGAUAGUUUGAUUACUGGGAGUUUAGAGAGCGUUGUUAUUGCUGAGGGCGAUGAUGGUAAGAAUUAUUUUGAUCCCGUUUUGAUGUUGGGUUUGUCUGUGAAACGUAAUUAUGAGUAUACAUUUGUUGGGAAAGAUAGGCUGAGUAGUUUUCCGAGUAGUGUUGAUAGAGGAGAGAGUAUAGCUUUGGAGAAUUUGAAUGAUUCGAGACGUGAUUUGUGUAGGUUGCUUGGCAACCGUCUUGAGAGAUAUGAAUUGGUGUAUGGGAGUGAGUGUGGGGGUGUGAAUUGCAAUCCUGUUGGUGGGGAUGUUGGAUAUGUACCUGGCUCGUUGGUUUUUUAUGGGACUCGGUGUACAGAAGGGAGGAAAGUGCAGAUGUUGUUGGGGUUUUCCAACUCCAGUGUAGAUGAAUACAUAAGAUUUCCAUUUGUGCCUAGCACGACGUUCAUUGCUGAAGGGGAAUGGGAUGAGAAGGGGAAUCGUCUAUGCGCGGUUGCGUGUAGGAUUUUGAAUUUUACAGAAUCUUUGACUAGUGCUCGUGUUGGAGACUGCUCAACUAAACUCAGCUUGAGAUUUCCAGUAAAGUUGUCUUUACAAAAUAGGUCUGCUGUUGUGGGGCAAAUUUGGAGCGACAAAAAAGCGAGUGAUCCAGGUUACUUCAGUAAAAUUGGGUUCCAAGGUUUGUCGGGAUGGUUAGUGAAACUCUUAGGAUACAAAUAUGAAUAUUCUGUGAACGACAACCUGAGAAAAACAUGUGCGGAAAAGAGGGCUGGGAGAGGCAAAGGAAAGCGAUAUCCUGAGGAGUAUUCAUCAGAUCUGAAAUUUGACAUGAGAGUGAGCAACAGCAAAGGACAAGUUGCAUGGGGUUAUUCAUCCCCGUUAUUUGUUGAUGAUGACCGGAUUUAUGGACGCCGGUUUUGGGAUAAACCACAGGAAACAGAAGUACCAAGUCGUCGGAAGAAAAGCCAUAGCAGUCCGAUGAACAUUACCUAUAAGUUGAGCUUCACACGUGGUGUUCAAUUUUUUCAUGAUGUCUUCCCAUCUAAAGCAGAACUAGCUGCUGAAGGAAUAUAUGAUAGAGAUUAUGGAAACCUAUGCAUGAUAGGAUGUAGGCAUGUACCAUCCAAGGAACAAAAUUCGAUUAAAAAGGAUAUGUUAGACUGUUCUGUUAAAAUUGAUGUACACUUUCCUCCAUUGGAUACCAAGGAUGGCCAGAAUGUCAAGGGAACUAUUGAAAGCACGAGGAAUAAGUCAGACCCUCUUUAUUUUGAACGUAUUGACUUCUCUUCGACUUCAAUUUACCAUAAUCAAGCUGCUGCAUCCAUUACGAGAAUUGAUUUUGAGAUUGUUAUGGUUUUGAUUUCCAAUACACUUGCAUGUGCUUUUGUCGGAUGGCAGCUCUAUUUUGUGAAGAAAAACCCAGAUGUGCUCCCAUUCACUUCAAUUGUCAUGCUCAUUGUUCUUACUCUGGGAUACGUGAUUCCUCUUCUGUUCAACUUUGAAGCAAUGCUUGCACCAAACCAAAGCAAGCAGAGUACUUUUCUUGGGAUUGGUGGAUGGCUUCAGGUUAAUGAAGUAAUGGUCAGGGUGAUAAUGUUGGUAACUUUCAUUUUGCAGCUGCUUCUUGUCCAACUGACCUGGUCAUCGAGACAAGGUGAUAAUAGCCAGAAGAGCUUGAUGGAUUCUGAGAGGAAGGUUCUUUAUGCCACCUUACUAUUGUACAUAGCUGGUGCACUGAUUACUUGCUCUGUCCACCAGUGGAUGAGUACUCACCAGACCUCAUACAGGCCAUUUCAUCGCAAGCUUCGGCGAGUGGCUAACCUAUGGCAUCUUGUUCACCCGCAACGCUCUCUCUGGGACGACCUCAAGUCUUAUGCUGGAUUCAUCCUGGACGGUUUUCUACUCCCGCAAAUAUUGUUCAACUUAUUCAUCAAUUCAGGUGAAAAGGCUCUGUCCUGUGCCUUUUACUUUGGAACCACCAUGAUUCGUCUGCUGCCUCAUGCUUAUGAUCUGUACAGAGCUCGCGCUUACACAUGGUUACUUGCUUUCUCAUAUAUUUAUGGAAACCCCAAAACCGAUUUUUUCUCCACUGCCUGGAACAUAAUCAUACCCUGUUGUUGUCUGCUGCUUGCUGCCAUUAUUUUCUUGCAGCAAAGGUUUGGCGGCCGUUGCAUCCUUCCCAAAAUAUUUGGGCAUUCCACUGUAUAUGAAAAGGUCCCUGUCAUCAGCAAUGAGGAAUUGUGAGGGAAUACCUUGAAAUAAUUUUUUGAUAAUUGAAUUUAUUCAUAUACCAUUCAAUUUUUAGUCAAAGAUCUAGUACUUUCUCCA